GGAUGUAGCGGUAGUUCACGGCGUAUAUGUGUUGCUUUGGCUUUUAAUAAACGUAAUAAAUCACUUAUUUACACAAUUUUCUAGUAGAUUUAAUCAAGCUGGUGUUGGCCAUGGCUGAGAAUGGAGAGCUCAUUUCGGUUGAGUUUGAGAUUUUUGGCAGAGUGCAAGGCGUGUUUUUCCGAAAGUACACUCAGGCUGAAGGGAAAAGACUGGGUUUGGUUGGCUGGGUCCAGAACACAGAGCAGGGGACAGUUCAAGGUCAACUCCAGGGUCCAGGAAGCCGGGUGAAGGCAAUGCAGGACUGGCUACAGAACAAGGGUAGUCCCAAGUCCAAAAUCACCAAAGCGGAGUUCAGCAGUGAGAAGAAAAUAGAGAGUCUGGAACAUUCAGAUUUCACAAUUAAUAGACAAAAGAAAGUUUAGAAUUAUUAUUUUUGUAACGAUCUAGUUAACAACUAGUGAAAUUUGACCAUUAUUUAAAAAACUUCCAUUGAUGCAAUUGUGAACUUGUUUACUGUAAGUAUCGUUACUUUAUUCAUUUAUUAUUAUUUAUUUUGCAAAAGAUUAACAGUGUGACGUGAAGAAUGUGAUAUAGUUAACGAAACAGUUUAAAUGCUGUUUAAACUUGUAUAUCUUGAUUGUAUGUUUAAUAUAUAAUUGUGCAACAGUAAUAGCAGUAUUUAUUUCAUUGUUAAAGUAGAAGUUAGCCUUAUGUACAUAUUGUAACUUUGCAAACGAAUGCGUUUUUCUUUGCUGCGGUUCAAUGGGGUGGUCAUGUGGUUACCAUAAUAAAAAUAUUGUUGGUAUUAAAUUAA